GUGUUCAGAAUGCUCCCUCGCCAAUGCGCCCUCGGGCCAAUGUGAAGCCCAAGUCUAAGAUCUCAGCCUCAAGGAAACUCUCACUGAAGAUGCUGCUUCUGCAGAGGGCGAUGGAUGAUUUGGAGCAGGAAAAGGUGACACGUGAUGAGGAGAAGGUGCGCUACCUGGGUGAGAAACUCCCACCACUACAGAUUUCCAGUCUCUCCAUGGAAGAUCUCCAGACACUGUGUCGACAGCUUCAUGCUAAAAUCGAUGUGGUGGAUGAAGAGAGAUACGACUUUGAAGCUAAAGUCAACAAGAACAAUAAAGACAUUCACGAGUUGAAGCUGAAGGUGCAGGAUCUCGGGGGUAAAUUUAAGAAGCCGGCUCUGAGGAAGGUUCGAGUGUCGGCUGAUGAGAUGAUGAGAGCUUUACUCGGCUCCAAACACAAAAGCUCCAUGGACCUCCGGGGAAACCUCAAGUCCGUCAAGAAGGAGGACAUUAAACAGGAGAAGGUGCUGACCAGCGAGGUGGGAGACUGGCGUAAGAAUGUGGAGGCCAUGUCAGGGAUGGAGGGCAGGAAGAAGAUGUUCGAUGCUGCUGGUGGAGGACAGUGAGCAGGAUGUUACUGUAUAUAACACAGUGUGUGUGUCUGUGUGUCUGUGUGUGUAACACUGAGAAAUAAAUACAGAAAGUGAAAAGUA